GGCUAAUGCCGAAAGAAGGACCUCUCAGGAACAUAAUAAUAUAGGAGAUAAAAGAUCUACAAAUGUCUUCUAUCAAUGUUCGCGUCACCACCAUGGACGCUGAGCUGGAGUUCGCCAUCCUGCCCAGCACCACUGGCAAACAACUCUUCGACCAGAUAGUGAAGACCAUUGGGCUGAGAGAGACCUGGUUCUUUGGCCUACAGUACCUGGACAGCAAAGGCUUCUCUACCUGGCUCAGACUCAACAAGAGGGUGACAGCUCAGGAUGUACACAGGGAGAACCCUCUGUUGAUAAAGUUCAGGGCCAAGUUCUACCCCGAAGACGUAGCUGAGGAACUGAUCCAAGAGGCCACGCAACGACUUUUCUUCCUGCAGGUGAAGGAGGGCAUCCUGAAUGAUGAUAUCUACUGUCCUCCUGAGACAGCUGUGCUGUUGGCUUCCUACUCUGUUCAGACCAAACAUGGAGACUACAAGAAGGACUACCACUUCCCUGGUUAUCUCAGCAGGGACAAGCUGCUUCCCCAGAGGGUUCUGGAGCAGCACAAACUGAACAAGGAGCAGUGGGAGAAUAGGAUAAAGGUGUGGCAUGAGGAGCACAAGGGAGUGCUGAGGGAGGAUGCCAUGGUGGAGUAUCUGAAGAUAGCUCAGGAUCUAGAGAUGUAUGGAGUAAACUACUUCAGCAUCAAGAACAAGAAAGGUUCAGAGCUGUGGCUGGGGGUAGACGCUCUGGGCCUCAGCAUAUACCAGAAAACUGACAAGAUGACCCCUAAGAUCGGCUUCCCAUGGAGUGAGAUCAGAAACAUUUCCUUCAACGACAAGAAGUUUGUUAUAAAGCCCAUAGACAAGAAAGCCCCGGAUUUUGUGUUCUACGCCCCUCGUCUGCGGAUCAACAAGCGUAUCCUGGCGCUGUGCAUGGGGAACCACGACCUGUACAUGAGGAGGAGGAAGCCGGACACCAUCGAGGUCCAGCAGAUGAAGGCCCAGGCCCGCGAGGAGAAGACUAAGAGACAGAUGGAGAAAGCUCUGCUGGAGAGCGAGAAGAAGAAGAGAGAGAAUGCGGAGAAGGAGACAGAGAAGAUCGCCAGAGAAACCAUGGAGCUGAUAGGCAGACUCAAACAGAUCGAGGAAGAGACCAAGAAAGCUCAGGAAGAUCUGGAGGAGCAGACUUGCAGGGCCCUGGAGCUGGAGAAGGAGAGGACGUUUGCCCAGGAUGAGGCAGAGCGUCUGGAGAAGGAGAGGACGUUUGCCCAGGAUGAGGCAGAGCGUCUGGAGAAGGAGAGGACGUUUGCCCAGGAUGAGGCAGAGCGUCUGGAGAAGGAGCGCAGGGCAGCGGAAGAGGCCAAGGCAGCCCUCCUACAGCAGUCAGACAGCCAGGCCACUGAGCUGGCUGAGCUUACCUCUAAGAUCUCCCUUCUGGAGGACGAGAAGAAGAAGGAGGAGGACGAUACAAAGAGAUGGCAGAAAAGGGACUCUGUGCAGGGGGACAAUGACGAGACCGACGAGAGCAGCGCCGAGGCCAGCGCUGAGCUGACAUCACCAGGCAUGGUCAGAGACCGCAGCGAGGAGGAACGCAUGACGGAGGCUCAGAAGAACGAACGGCUACAGAAACACCUCAAGGCCCUGAGUACUGAGUUGGCCAGCGCUCGAGACGACAGUAAGAAUACUCCCAACGACCUGAUCCACGCGGAGAACGUGAAGGCCGGCCGGGACAAGUACAGGACCCUCCAUCAGAUACGACAGGGCAACACCAAGCAACGCAUCGACGAGUUUGAGUCCAUGUGAGGGAUAGAGAAUGAGAAUGAGAGAGAGAGAGACACACACAGACAGACAGACAGAUAGACAGACAGACAGACAGACAGACAGACAGACAGACAGACGUCUGUACUGAAUCUGUAUUUAAAUGGAAGUCAUAUAGCCAGGUACAGUGUAAUUACUAAGUCAACAUUGCUUGGUUGACUUUGUAAGCACCCACUGCCUCUCCCCAAUAGUGUGUUGUCUCCCGUGACUAAAGAGUUCCAUCUUCAUGGGAUUUGUAGUUCGGUAAAGUAACAUUCUGUGGACUACAGACUGUAGGCUACUAGUACGUCAAUCAAAGUGAGUGAUGAUAUUAUUCAUAUAUCAUAAUGUAUGCUGCUUUUGCUCAUGGUUUUUGAAGUCUUGAAAUGCAUCUAUGCAAAAUAAUCAUUAGCUGAUAUACUAUUAAAAAAACAUACAGUGGGGAAAAAAUUGUGCAA